AUGGGAGCGCCGGUAAGAGGUUCCGCAUGGAUCGAUGGAAAUUAUCUCUUUGUUGGUAAUGCGAAGGGAGUUUUUGCCGCUAUCCAUAAGAAAACAGGUGUGAUAAAAUGGAGCUUCCAGGCAGCAGGUGCGAUACAUUCAUCUGCUAUUGGGGAAAAAGGUCGAGUAUAUUUUGCAGAUAACCGGCAAUCCAUUUACGCCCUGGAUCAGCUGACUGGAAAACUCCUUUGGAAAUUUGAUUUACAACCGGCUAUCAAUUAUCCCUGGCGAUAUGAUUAUUAUCCUUCAUCACCUGUUAUACAAGGAAACAAAUUGCUGGUGGGUGGCGACGACGGAUUUUUCUAUGCUCUGGAUAUACAGACGGGAAAAGUGGUAUGGAAAUAUAAAUGCAAGGGGAUCGUAAGGAGUACGGCGGCGGUAUAUAGGGAUAAGGUUCUAUUUGGUGAUACGGAAGCAGGCUUUUACGCUCUAUCCCUGGCAAAUGGUAAAGAGAUCUGGCAGUGCAGGAUUAACGGAGAUACGAUGAACAACGAAGACUGGGGUUUUGACAGACGUGCCAUUACAUCAAGUGCUGUUGUAAAAGGAAACAAAGUGAUUUUUGGCGCGCGCGAUGGUUACCUCUAUUGUGUAGAUGUGGAAACAGGCAAGAGGAUAUGGACACAGGAUCACGAGAUUUCAUGGAUCAUUUCAACUGUGGCAAUCAAAGACUCCAUGGUUGUGACGGGUACCUCGGAUGGGCGCUUUGUACAGGCGGUACACCUGGAAACAGGAAAAGAGAUAUGGAAAUACCGGACUACACUGGCCGUUUGGGCAUCUCCGCUUAUUGUGGGCGACAAGGUUUAUGCAGGAAGUUUUGAUGGCCAGUUGUAUUGUAUUGAUUUGAAAACCGGAAAACGCGUGUCGCAGUUCAGAGCCGGUAAUAAAUUCAUGGCAUCUCCUUUAUGGAACGAUGGCUUGCUCUAUGCCGGCUCUGAUGAUGGCUACCUGUAUGCACUGGAAGGGCAUGCUGAUCGACGGAUUGCUGACCAGGGCGAACGGUUUGUAUUUUAUGAGCCAAACAUCAAUGUGUAUUUCCGGAAUGGAAGCGACCUUGCCAUAAAAAAUUAUUUACGGGGAAACGGGUACACGGUAAUUGGAUCAGAUACGCUUGUUCAAUUGUUGAAAAGAACUUCACGACCCGGUGUCAUUGUUUUUGCCUCCAGUUAUUUUCCAGCUGCCAUCACUUCGGGAGGAAGAUCUGGUUUAUUGCGUGACUACCUCGAUCAUGGUGGAAGGAUCGUAAUGACCGGAAUAAACCCGAUCGUAUACCGGUUGGAUGAAAAGACAAAGCAGGCAGUCGGUUUCAAUCCUUAUGUUGCAGAUACUAUUUUGAACCUGGAUUAUGGUAAGGGUGAUACCCGUACGUUCAUGGGAGACUUCCCAAGUUUCCCCACGGCAAAAGGCCGUUUACUUGGUUUGCCUGAUUUUUGGAGCAGUUCAUUAUUCAUCGACGAAAAGAAAGUAGAUAUUGUAUUGGGCCGUUGUGAGACUGGCGUGGUCUCCGCUUUCGCGAAAAAUUAUUCGAAUGGCGGCCAGUUUAUACAGAUAUGGAUGAAUGCUGACAAACCCGAAAACCUGGAUGCGAUAAUAAAAACGGCAGAAUGGAAAAUCGAAUAA